AUGUGCAUGGCAGAUUAAAAAACUAUUUCUUAACAUACUAAACACAAUCAAUGUCUAAUACCCUACCAGCAAUACGUAACAUUGGUAAGUAAAUAAAUUGAAGACUAACUUCAUGAUGCUAACAAAUAUGUUGAUCUGUUUAACAAAGAAUCUCAAAUAGUCUAACAAAUUUUGUUAUCAGAUGAACAUUUGAAUAAUAUGGAAGGAUAUGUGAGAUCUUAAAAACAAUAAAUUGAAUCUGACAUCAACUAAGCCUUAGACUCCAUCACAUUGCUAUUUGGAUUGCAUAAAACAGAACUAUUUGGUAAGCUAGAUCAAUAUCUCUAAAUAUACAAAAACAAUUUCUUUAUACUUAAAGAACAGCUAGAACCAAUACACUUCCUUCUGACUAAGUGUAAAUACUAUGCAAACGAAAACAACUUAAAACAAAAAUUACAUACUAAACCUGAUUUAGGAUCGUAAGUUAAGGUGUCAAUAAAGUAGAUGUCCAUCACAAAGAAACCAGAAUAACUAAAAUAAGUACUGGAUAAAGUCAAGAAGGCUUAAGAAUUGCAAUAUAAUAAUGAGAAUUUCACUAAAUUAUUGACUGAUGCUAUGAAUUCAAUAAAAGAUUACUACAUCAAAAAUGUUAGCAUCCCUAUUCAAAUUCCAAUUGAAAUUUAACAAUAACCAAAUAUACUUACUACUAUUCAAGCAAUAUCCUCUCCUCCAAUCAAAAGUAAAUCCAUGGAUGUAUCAAAUGCUGACAAAGUGACAAUGUUGGAUGAUAACAAAACAGUUAUUUCUGCAGUCGAUACUAAGAUCUCCCUUCAAAGUUAGUUAUAACCAACCGUUAUUCCAAAUAUUAAUGUUUAAAUAUUGGAUAAUAGAAUCAUUGAGGAUGCCAAUCAAUCAAAAGGACAUUCAAAUUAAAGAUUCAGAAUUAAAAAGAAAUUAAGUAUUGAAUUUUAAGUUACUUCUUUGGCUCUAGUCAGCAAUGCAUCGGUAGCCUUAGGUUUAGCUGAUGGAACAGUUAAACUGUUAGACAUGAGUACUAGCAAAGUUAGCUUCUAUCCAAAUACUUACAUACAACACACCAAACCUGUUUGUCAACUUUUGAUUUUGAAAUAAAAUAGGGGUACAAGAUUGGCAUCUUUAAGUGAUGAAAAUUAUGCUAUUAUAUGGACAUUAGGAGAAAAUUAUGUGCCUUAUCCAGAGAGAAAACUCAUAGGAUUCAAAUCUAAAUUGAAUAGAAUUAUGGAUAUUGCUGAUUCAUCUCACCUUCUUUGUUAAAGUGAUACUAAUCUAUAAGUUAUCAAUUAUCAUGAUAAUCGAAUUGCUUAUUCUUUCGAUUUUAAAACUUAGCUCAUCGAAUUCCUUUAUGUAAGUAAAUAUGAAAAAUUUGCUACCAUUUCUCAAGGGAAUAUAGUUUCUAUUUAUAGUUUAAAAAUGAACAAUAAUUUGUAAGGGGCAAUGUUAUUAGUCAAUUGUGAAUUAGAAUGUAUAUAAUCAGCACUACCUAUCUCAAAUAUCAGCACAUGCAUUGCAACAGAAUAUCUGAAUGACAUAGUCAUCUGCUAUGGAUGCACUGAUGGCUCAGUCAAAUUAUUUAAUGUUCUUAAAAACAUCAUGAUAGGUGAAUAUUAGUUGUUCAAUUCUAAGGUACAGGAGAUGAUUAUUGUUAAAUAACACAAGCUUUUUAUCUUAGUAGCUUUUGCUGAAAGUUUGAAAUAGAUAAAAGCCAUUAUGAUAUAAGAGAGCAAAAUCAUUCCCAUUGAUAUGUUUGGUGAAUUGCUUGAAAGUCCUGCUAGGAGUGGCAAAAAUGUUCUUUAAACAUUUUUCAAAAAUAGAAGUUCAUUUUAUUUAUUAAGUGACUCACAAAAAGACAUAGGAUUAUAUGAAUUAUGCUGA